AUGAGUUCGAACACAAUAGAUCAAUCGAGAAUUGAAGAACUUCGAGCAAAGAUCGAACAACGAAAGGCAUGCGAAAAGCGAGCUUUGAACACAUCGUUGACUUUAAUCGAAACAGAUAAAGUUACUGCUGAAACAUUGAUCACUUCGGCGAAUCUGAUCGAUCAAGAACGAUAUCGAGGUGUUAAUGAAGAUCGUGCAUUGAGAAAUAUUUGUGGUUAUCCUCUCUGUUCUAAUUCACUGCCGAAAGAUACUCCGAUUCAUCAAUAUUAUAUUAAUGUCAAAGUCAACAAAGUAAUCGAUACAACAGAAAGACGAUUCUUUUGCUCGGUAUUUUGCUAUAAAGCAUCGAAAUAUUUCGAGAAACAAAUUCCUUCUUCACCUGUAUGGGCUCGCGAACAAGAAAAAGCACUGCAGAUAGAUUUACUCACUCCUGAAUCUCUCAAUAAAGCACUACCGGAUACGAGUACAAUCAUCUCGCAAUCGAACUACAAUCGUUCGAUUCCUCAACGUCGUGUUUCGACAUCUUCGUCGUCAUCAGACGAUGACGAAUUCCAGGAACUUCAAAGUGCUCGUGAUGCGUAUUACAAAUCUCGUGCUGCUCGUCUUCCGAAAACUGAUUUUGUUGAACAAAAACUUCAACAAAUCUCUUUACCUGAUUGUAUUCGCACAGAUAAUCCGACAAUUGAUUUUGUGAUUACUUGUUUAUCGGAAUGGUUAAGCAAUAAAAGCAAAGAUUAUCUCGAAAACAAUACGACGCCAUCUGCUAUUCCGAUAGAUCCUCAACGAUACCAACAAUUAGUAAACAAACUCGAUGUUGAAGAUCUCAUGUCAUCCGAGAAUAAGCGCGCAGAGAGAAAACUCCCAACAUUGGAACAAUUGCAAAAAACUACCGCACAAAGUCAAUACGAAAUUAAAGUGAAAGAGUUUUUCUUUGGAAAAAACGAACAAACAGAUGAAGAAACAUCAACAUCAUCCGCUAUAGCAUUACCUCCAGUUGACGCCUACUCACAACAAUCUAUUCGCUUGUCAAUCGUCGGUGACAAAGUCAUGACUUGUCUCAAACAAAUCUUGAGCGAGAGCACACAUCAAGCAAUCGCACAGGAUAUCCGAACAAUUCUCUCGGAAUUUCUCUUAACAUUAAAUUUCAAUAGUGAAAAUAUCACAUUAAAACCAAAUGAAUGGACCAUUAUGACGAUAUUUCUCCUUCAUUUAUUGACGAUUAAACUGCCAACACUGAUGCCUCGUCUAAUCGAAUCAAAAAUAAUCAAUUCUUUGUUAACUACAUUGAAUCUAUCGAAUGAUACUGUUUUUCAAAUAGGAAAAUAUCUCCUCACUAAUCCGAUUGAUAAAAUUCCAUCGACAAAUUUCGAAGAAAUCGACUAA